UUUUAAAUUUUAGAAUUUGAAACAAUUUAAUGGAAUAUUUAUUUUGAUUUAUAUUUUAUCAGGAAUGUCUCGUAGAGGAAUAAAUUAUGUACCUGAUAGUGACAAAAAAGAAAACAUUGUUCCAUCAGAGGAAGUAUUGACAGAUGAGCAAUUUUUGUCAAUAAUGAGAAGUGUUAUGGCAACUAAACAGGCUGAAAAAAGCUAGAGAACAAGAGCCAUUGUCUCCGUUAUCACUCCCUACACCAAAACUUGGGGAUGAUAAUGACGAAGAACAUCUAGUGCACGUGACAUUGGCCGUCUUAUUCCUGGACCAGCUGGUUUGGUCCAAGCUACAAUGAGGAAUAGGGAAUCUGAAAAUCCCUUUCCAACAAAACAAUUCUUGUCUGAUCUUAACGGACCUGCGAUGUUGGUGUUCAACUCUAAUAUGUGGUGCUAUGCUGUUCAUUAUGUCAAAUUUAAAGAUCUACCUGAAGUGACAACAUUAAUUAAUAUCAACCACAAUUUAGAAAGAGUUCCAACAAUUGUUACUUUUGUGGAGUCUAUGACCCCAACUGGAAAGAGAAAUUAUACUAUUAAUUUAAAGGACCCAACUGCCAUGAUUGGUGCAAGCUUACAUUACAAAGUUAAGCAACACCAACAAUAUGGGGAAGACAUUGUUGUGGGGUGUGUGUUAGUUCUGAAACAGGUUGUCGUGUUUGCCCCCAACCGUUUCCGUGGUCCUUACUUCCUUAAUAUAACUAAAAAUAAUGUACAACGGGUGAGUAGUGUUAGUCAAAUAUAAUUUAUUUUGUAACUAAUAUUGUUUAACAAAUGUAUGUUACAUUUUUUGCAGGUUAUUCCGAAGAAUAUUUGAUUUAAUGAGGAAAAAAUAUUUGUAAUUUAGUUUUAUGUUUAUUUCUAGUUAGGAUGGUUGUAAUGUAAUUUUUUAUGUGGAUUGUAAAAUUUAAAUUUGGGGAAUAUUAUUAUUAAAUAUUGGUAAAAUUAUGCACUUCAGUUAGUAAUAUGUAUUUGUUGUUGUUUUGUAAUUGUGUAAUGAAAAAAAAUGGUUAAAUUAUGCACCUGAACUGGAGAUCAACUCGCCUUUGUCGACGACUUAGCCCUUUUCCUUCUUGUCGACCUGCCCCAAUGUGCUCCACCUGAAUUGCGUCUGGUUGUGGUAAUGUUGCAGCUGGAGCCGGUGUAAAAGGGAAACUCACCCUACUCACCUCGUCUCGCAACUGUAAGCAGUGGCCGAUCCUCUCAUGCAUCAUGGUAAAAUAAAAAGAAUCUCUAUGUUCUUCACUGGUCCCAUGAUACAUGUGUUCCAAAACAUCGGUCUACAAAUAACAUAACAAAUAUCAUCAGAACACUACAUUUGUAAAUAUGUCACAAGUAAUUAUUUAAAUACAUCCCUAGAUUUGUACUCACCACAUAUCCUUCCUUUGCACUAGAAGGAGAAAUUCAUCGCCUUGUAUGUUUCCUAUACCACACCAUGUAUUCUGAGCUAUUGCUCAAGUGUGGUGUAUCACACGCAGGUUGUGUCCAUACACGAUGAAGUCGUGAUUGCCACUCUUGCACAAAUUGAACUUGCAUGCGUGACCAGUCCAUGUUAUCCUUGCCUCUCAAGGAAAGAUCAUGCAAUUUCUCUGGAUGAAUAGGAGGUGCAGGAAUGUGUUGGACCAUCC